GGCGCCGACGUCACCCAGGCCCCGCCCCCUGCGCAGCCGCCAUUUCUGGGAGGAAGACAAGGAAGGACGAGGAAGGGAAAUGAGGAUUCUAUGGAGCCACCUCUGGGGUGCAGUAAGGAUACCAUUAAUAUAGGAAGAAGAAGAAAUCCUCUCAAGGUGAUGAUUUUGUUGAAUUCUUGACCUCACUUACAGAUAAGAAAGAAAAAAAGAUGAGCCAGGGAUUUAUAUUGCAAUUCAACACCAAUAUCACUGUUGAAAUGGAGGACAAAGCUUCUGAAGGCCUGGAGUAUGGAAAGUGUUUCACAUGGAGGGAUCAUCUGCAGCAACAUGAAAAUAUUCCUACUGCGGAAGAGCACUAUGAAUUCAUAGAAUGCGGAAAAAACACUCAUAAUUCAAGUCUAGAUAGAUAUCAAAUGACUCACACUGGGGAGAAACCCUAUAAUUGCCUGGAGUUUGGACAGAGUUUCACUUGGAAUUCAGAUCUAUAUUCACAUCAAAAUAUUCACACUGGGGAGAAACCCUAUACAUGCCUGGAGUGCGGAAAGAACUUCACUGAGAAUGGAAGUCUACGUUCGCAUCAAAGGAUUCACACUGGAGAGAAACCCUAUACAUGCCUGGAGUGUGGACAGAACUUUACUCGGAGUUCAGAUCUACGUUCACAUCAAAGGACUCACACUGGGGAAAAACCCUAUACAUGCCGGGAGUGUGGACAGAGUUUCACUCAUAAUUCAGGUCUAAGUUCACAUCAAAGGACUCACACUGGGGAGAAACCUCAUACAUGCCUGGAGUGUGGACAGAGCUUCACUCAGAUUGGAAAUCUACGAUCGCAUCAAAGGACUCACACUGGGGAGAAACCCUAUAUGUGCCUGGAGUGUGGACAGAGCUUCACUCAGAUUGGAAAUCUACGAACGCAUCAAAGGACUCACACAGGGGAGAAACCCUACACAUGCCUGGAGUGUGGACAGAGCUUCACUAAGAAUGGAAAUUUACGUUCGCAUCAACGGACUCACACUGGGGAGAAACCCUAUAAAUGCCUGGAGUGUGGAAAGAGCUUCACUCAGAGUGGACAUCUACGUUCACAUCAAAGAACUCACACUGGAGAAAAACCCUAUACAUGCUUGGAGUGUGGACAGAGCUUCUCUCAUAAUUCAGGUCUACAUACACAUCAAAGGACUCACACUGGGGAGAAACCCUAUAAAUGCCUGGAAUGUGGACAAAGCUUCACUCGUAAUUCAAGUCUACAUUCGCAUCAAAGUACCCACACUGGUGAGAAACCCUAUACAUGCUUGGAGUGUGGACAAAGCUUCACUCUGCGUUCAGAUCUACGUUUACAUCAAAGGACUCACACUGGGGAGAAACCCUAUAAAUGUCUGGAGUGUGGACAGAGGUUCACUCAUAAUUCAAAUCUACGUUUGCAUCAAAGGACUCACACUGGGGAGAAACCCUAUACAUGCCUGGAGUGUGGGCACAGAUUUACCCGGAGUUCAGAUCUACGUUCACAUCAAAAGACUCACACUGGGGAGAAACUCUAUACAUGCCUGGAGUGCGGACAGAGCUUCACUCAUAAUUCUGGUCUACGUUCACAUCGAAGGACUCACACUGGUGAGAAACCCUAUAAAUGCCUGGAGUGUGGAAAGAGUUUCACUGAGAGCGGACAUCUACGAUCACAUCACAGGACUCACACUGGAGAGAAACCCUACAUAUGCCUGGAAUGUGGACAGAGCUUCACUCAGAGUGGAAAUCUACGAUCGCAUCAAAGGACUCACACUGGGGAGAAACCCUAUAUAUGCCUGGAGUGUGGACAGAGCUUCACUCAGAGUUCAAGUCUACAUACACAUCAAAGAAUUCAUGCAGGGGAGAAAUCCUAGAAAUGCAUGGAGUGUGGAAAGAGCUUAUCUGAGAGAUGAAAUCUACAUAGACACUGGACUCCAACGACACACUAGUGUGACAUUGUACACAGUUUGGAAAGCUCUGAUGUGAUACGUAGAAAGACAAUGCUCAUUAAUGCAGAAAAAGAAGAACACACUGUUGGGAUAUUUUUAUGAUGUUGUGGUGCUUUUGAAGAAAUACAGAAAAUAUUGGAUUGAAAUGCAUAUGAUAUGGGAUGAAAAUUGUACUAUUUAGAUUUACAUAGGAAUGCUGGACAGUCAUCUAGAAAUAACAUUUGGAAGAUGCCUAGAAUAUAUUAUAACUGCAGCAAGCAUCAUUUCUCCUCAGAGAUGGGAGGGAGUCAUUAUCCCACACAAGAAGAAUGAUUGAUGAAAAUCCGCGACCAAUUUGAGA